AUGUUAUAUACAUUGGAUGAUAAUUAUUUAUCAUCUGGUCGUGAAAAUCGUUUAGAUGAUUCUGAUAUAAAUGAAAGUUAUCCAUUAGAAAAAUCUAAUGAUAAAAAUUAUACUCAUAUCGAUAAAAAACUUACUUUCGAUACUAAAACUACUAAAUUCAAAAAAGCACUCAAUGCUACUGAUCCAUUGAAAAGAGUGAAUAGUAUGUAUUCAUCAAAAAGUGUUUAUGAAGAAUUACAGAUGGCAAGACGUGUGAAAUUACCAAGUGUAUUACAGAGUAUCCAUCAUGUUUUAACUGAAUUUGAUGAUUCCAGUGAAGAUUUAUCAAUGCUACCACAAGUUUCCAAAUUCCUACCAUACAUUUGUAAUAAUAAACUUGUCAAAAUUGAAUCACAAUUACUUUAUACACAUACCAAUUCUACACAUACCAAUUCAUCCAUUACUAAUUCUACAUAUACCAAUUCAUCUCAUACUCAUAAGGGAGCUAAUAGUAAUACUAAUAAUAAAUCAUCAAAUCCAAAUCUUACCAAUUUUGUACAAUUAAAUACUAAUCCAAGAACUGAUACUAGAGUAGAUACUAGGGUUAAUCCUAUAGAACCUAAUCCCAUGGAUCGUACACCUGUAGAACGUACUCCUAUACAACCGAAUCCCAUAGAUGGUACUCCUGUAGAAAAUAAUAUGGAAAAUGAGAAUAUAAAGAAUGAUAGUAAUUAUAAUUUAAUAUCAUUAAUGGAUAAUAAUAUAAGACGUAAGAAGAGUGUAAUAGAAAAUUCAAUAAUAUCCAAUACUAAUAUGGAGAUGGAAAUGGAAAUAAUGGAUAGAAGAUAUAAUAAAAUAUAUAGUAAUCAGAUGAAGAUUGGAUUAAUAUUAAGUGGUGGUCCAGCACCAGGAGGACAUAAUGUGAUAGCUGGUGUAUUUGAUUAUUUGAAAUAUAGGAAUCCAGAAAGUCAAUUAAUUGGAUUCAUUGGAGGAUUAGAUGGUCUUAAAUAUAAAAGAUAUCAAAUUAUAAAUGAAGAACAAAUGGAUCAAUAUAGAAAUCUAGGUGGAUUUAAUAUGUUAAUGAGUGGCCGAGGUAUGAUUGCUAAUAAUAAUGAAUUCGAAAUGGUACUCAAAACUGUAACUGAACUCGAACUUGAUGGACUCAUUAUCGUUGGUGGUGAUGGAUCCAAUUCUAAUGCAGCCAAUAUCUCCAAUUAUCUAGCACAAUAUUAUCAUAAUAAAUACAAUACAAAAAAUGGAAAUGUGGUUAUGAAAUCAGAGAAGAGAUGUGUAGUAGUAGGUGUACCAAAAACAGUAGAUGGUGAUAUAAGAUCAAAUAAUAUAGAAUUGACAUUUGGUUUUGAUACGGCAGCUAGAACAUAUUCAGAAUUAAUUGGAAAUUUAUGUAUAGACGCAGCUUCAACACAGUAUAAUUAUCAUUUUGUACGAAUCAUGGGAAGAAGUGCUUCACAUUUAGCAUUAGAGUGUGCACUUCAAACUCAUCCGAAUAUGUUAUUAGUAAGUGAGGAAGUUAGCCAGAAAAAUAUCUCACUACAACAAAUUGUUGAUGAUAUUGUUGAUUUAAUGCAAAAACGAUAUGAAAUGGGGAAAACUUUCGGUGUCAUAUUAAUACCUGAAGGAUUAAUUGAAUUCAUACCUGAUUUCAAAAUUCUUGUACAAGAACUUAAUACUGCCGUUACGGUGUCUUCCGUUACGGGGUCAGGUACUAAGGAUACUAAGGAUACUAAGGAUACUAAGGGAACUGAGGGAACUGAGGGAACUGAGGGAACUGAGGGAAGUACUAAUACUGUUGGUAGUGGACCAGACACCGUAACGGAAGAAACUGAAGAAAAUUUAUUGAAGAAUUUUGAUGUGAAUAAAUUAAAAAAGAGUAAAGAGAUAUGGAAUUUUUUACCAACAAAUAUACAAGAGCAAUUAUUAAGUGAUAUAGAAUCAUCAGGUUCAAUAUUAGUGGCAAAAAUAGCAACAGAAAGUUUAUUAAGUAUGUUAGUAGAAUCCAGAAUCAUAAGUAGAAAAUUAAAUCAUUUACUUGAAAUUAUUAUCAUGACACAUUAUUUCGGUUAUGAAGGAAGAUGUGCAAUACCGUCUGAAUUCGAUUCUUCAUAUUGUUAUUCACUUGGUUAUACAGCUUCUGUAUUAGUAGCACAACGUAAAAAUGGUUAUAUGGCUGCUAUACGUAAUCUUAAAAAUAAUAUUGAAGAUUGGAUACCAUUAGGUAUACCAUUUUCACAUUUAACUACAUUAAUGAAAUUACAUAAAUCACAAAGUAAUUCCUCCGUAACGGUGACUGGUACCACGGAAACUAACAGUACUAAGGAUAGUAUUACUAAGGAUAGUACUAAUGGUACUAAAGAUACUAAUACUAGUACUAAGGAUAAUGUUACUAGUAGUCAGACUACUACUGUUGGAGCAAGCACCGUAACGGACACCGUAACAGAAGAAUUAUAUAAAAAUUAUAGAUGUAGUAUAAAAAAAACAUUAUUAGAUUUAAAUGGUGAGUUAUUUAAAACAUUUGAAAAAGUAAGAGAUAUCUGGAAAUAUGAAGAUUUAUAUAGAAGCCCUGGACCAAUACAAUUAACUACAAGUCAAUUAUUAUCCAAUUCAACUGAUUUAUCAUUAUAUCUCAAUACAUAUCAAUCUAAUCAUAUUAAUAAAUUAAAUAAUCAAGUUACAGUAUCAAGUACUAAUGGAGUUAAUGGUAGUAAUAUAGGAGUUACAGGAUCUAACAAUGGAGUUAAUGGUAUGGGAGUUAAUGGUAAUAAUGGAAGUAGUAGUAGGAGUAAUAAUGGAGGAGUAAAUGUAGUUAGUAGAUUAGAUAAUGUAGUAAAUGGUACUAAUACUAAUAGUACCGUUAGUAUUAGUAAUACUAGUAAUACUGGUAUGAAUAUGACUAAUGUAAGUAUGAGUAAUGUAAGUAAUGUGAGUAUGAAUAAUGUGAGUAAUGUAAGUGUUGGUAGUGUAGGAGUGGGUAGUGUAGGUAUGGGUAGUUCACGUAUGAAUGGAUAUGAUGAUGAUAUGAGUAGUUAUAGUCAUGAAUCAUCGAAUGAUGAAUGUAUUGAUAUGGAUGAUAUCAAUGAAAGAAGAUGUUUUACAUUAUUAAUACCAACUUUAAAAGAAUUAGUUGGUAAUUAUCCAUUCAAUGGAGAUUAUGUUGGAUUAAGAAGAAAAGAUAAAAGUUUUAUGAGUGAAUUGGAAUUAAAAAGAUUAGAAGUGAUACCAGAUAUACCAAUAGUAUGCUCAGAUGUCAAAUCCAAACUUGUACCAUUCAAACAACACGUUGAGUUCGAUCAAUACAUCAAAAAUCAAAUCAUGCUCUAUUAUCCAUAUCAACAUAAACUAAAUCAUUUCAAUCAAUAUGAACUUGUACUCAAUACUAUACCAACAGGUAUGGGGAAAAAAUUGGGUACAUUAGUAUCAUCAGAACAAAUGAAAUCAGAUUCAUUGAGAGUAGGAGUAGUGCCAGUAGGAAAACAAGCACCAGGAGUGUUAAACGUAUUUUGGGGAAUAUUCACAAGAGUAAGUAAAAUGGGAGGAAAGUGUAUAGCAUUUCAUGGAAUUAAAGGAUUAUUACAGAGUUCAUAUAUUGAGUUGAAGGGAGAGGAUUUCGAAUGUUUCAAGAAUCAAGGAGGAUUAGAAUUAGUGUUGAGAAGUAAACGUUCGUUUUUAUGGAAGAAAGAUAAAUUGGAAGCAGUGUAUAAGACAUGUACAGCAUUAGAUUUGGAUGGGUUGGUGUUCUUGGGAGAUGAAAUGAGUAUGACACAGGCAUCGUUUGUGACGGAGUAUUUCAUGUCAAAAAAUUCUAAAACAUGUAUAAUAGGAGUGCCAGUAGCAGGAGGAAACUCGUUAGGAGGAGAUCUUAUAGAAGCAUGUGUAGGAUUUGAUACGAACACAAGAAUCUAUGCAUCGUUGGUGGGAAAUGUAUUAACAGACGCGAUAUCAAUGCCGAAAUAUUGGCAUUUCGUGAAAAUUCUAGGUAGAUUCCCAUCAGUAGACGUAUUAGAGUGUGCACUUCAAACACAUCCAAAUGUAGUAAUAAUAGCGGAAGAAUACCGUAACUCAGAUAAAAGUUUGUUUGACAUUGUGGAUGAAAUAGCAAACGCAAUAGUAAAGAGAAGUAAAUUAGGAAAAAACUUUGGAACGGUUUUGAUUCCAGAUCAUUUAGUGUUACACUUACCAAAUACGAAAAAUAUGUUACAAGAGAUUGGUAAUGCCCUAAAUAAGGCGAACCAACUCAAUAAACGUAAAAAUGCUAUACAACAACUCAUGUCAUAUAGUGUUUAUUCCACUAAUACUACUAACACUAAUGGUACUAAGGAUAACGGUAAAGAUACUAAUGGUAAAGAUAAGGAUAUGGAUAAUAUUGUUGAUGUGGAAGAUAAUAUGGGAGAAUAUGUAAAGAUGAUAACACCAUGGAGUUUGGCAUUAUUUAGUAGUUUCCCGGAAUAUAUAAGAAGGGAAAUCUUGAAUAUGGACUUUACAGAUUUGGGACUUGAAAACUUGGAAAUUGAAGUCAUGUUAGCCAAAAUGGUCAAGGAAGAAUUGUUGAUUAGGAAGAAAAGAGGUGAGUAUAAUGGAAACUACGCGGCUGUGACACAUUAUUUCGGUUACCAAGGAAGAUGUGCAAUACCGUCUGAAUUUGACUGCUCGUUAGCAUACAGUUAUGGUCAUUUGGCGGCAAUUUGUGUAGAAAGUAAGUUGAGUGGGUUCUGUUGUUCAAUCAGAGCAGUUUGCGGUGCAGUCAAGGAUUGGAAGUUAUUUGCAACACCAUUCACAUGCAUGAUGAAGAUAGCACCAGACUCGUUCAAAAUGCUAAUUAACCCGAAAUCUGAAAUGCCAAUCAUACCACCAAAUAAUGUCAGUCUCAAUGGGAAGCCAUUUAUGAAAUUGAAAUCAGCAAGGAGGAAAUGGUUAGUGGAAGAUUUGUUCAAUAAUCCAGGGCCGAUCCAAUUCAACUCAUUUGUCGGAACACAAAACAUCAUGUUAAUUAUUGAACAUUCACAAUACUACCACAUGAUCACCUCAGUGGAGCGAUUCACAGAAAUCAUCAAGAACAUUUGCAAGUUUGGAGUUUCCGAAGAGUAUCUACACCACGCAUUCAUACAGCUUUGGGGAUUAAUCAAGAUCACACAAGACAAAAAUCAAUUAAUCUCACUCUCACAAGAUUUCAAACUUCUCUAA